UUCCUGUUGUUUGAGUAAGGGACACGUUUCCUUUUUUUAUUCAAUAAAUGUUCAGAUUUACUUUCAGAUUGUGAGUGUGAUAAUCGCAACAUGAUAAACAUUUUAAAAAAUGAAGUUUUUGAAAGUUGAAUUUCUUUUAUAUGAUAAAUCCGAUCUAUGCAAAGUAACGUAGUUCAAUACAGAGCUUGAUUGCCUGAUGUGCUACUUUGCUAAUGAAUAGCUUGCUUAUAGCUAAGCUUUUACACCCGCAGCGUAGUAGGCUACAAUGUACAUCUUUCUUUAUCAUGAAACCACAAAACACAACAAAUAUGGUAAUGUAAUCAAAUUUACGUCACACAACAACCACACACUUGAGUCAUUUACAGUACAAUGUGCUAAAAUAGGGUACAGCUAUGGUAUGUUUGUGGGACUUUGAGGUCAGAACUCUAUGGAGAAAGCUGAGUGUCCAAAUUAAAAUCUAUAUUAAAUUACAUUAAAAAUAAAAAUUCUUAAGUUUUACAAAACUGAAAGGAAUCAACAACUUAUUUACUUCUCUCUAACUAACACUAUAACAUUUGUUGCUUGACAGGUUAGUUUAAUCCUGUGCAUUGUGGUCCUUAUGGCACACACAGCAGACUUUUAACUGUGUUUCCAUUCUUGAGCCAUAGGGGGAGGAAGUGCUCUCUGUAACGACUGAGUAGAAGCACUGGAGGUACGUUCUGUUUCAACUUGCUGAAACCUGUCCUUGGGGAUGCUCCACACCUGUGUCAAUGAGUCGACACUGCAGUGAGCACUGUAAAGUACAACCAGAAAACAAAGCUCAGUUACUUAAAUCGUGCAGAAGUAAGGUAACAACACUCUUAGAGAUAGGUUUCAAAUAUUGAAAAUUAACUCAUCUUAAUUACUUGUGAAUAGUGUUGAUGAAUGAUUUUGAUAUUUUAUGAUUCUGUUUUUGUUGAUUUAAUUUUUGCAUCUUUAUCCUCGUUUUGAUUGGAAAAUAUAUUUAAAUGAUCAUAUCAUUUGUAAACUGGGUUAUCUUUGCAGCACAACAAUACUCAAAUCAGAAUGGUAUUUUGACACAGCUAUUUCAUAGUGCAUUUUUAAAAAUUAAAUCCUGAAUAAUUGUAAAUGUAUGUGUAGGUGAGAGGAAGCCAAACAAGUUUGAUUUGAUGUUAUAUCAAAAGGAAACAUGUUCUAUCACAAGGGAAUACAAAUCAACACAGGCAUGCCGUUUGCUCCAAAUGAGUUUGCCUAAUGAUGAGACAAGUAGUUGUAUUCAUGUUUUUCUAAUAUAGGUUUGUUUCUUAUAAAGUAUUCAUAGCCUGGUUCUCCUAACGUGUUUUUAAAAAAAAAAUGAAAUGGCCGUUCACAAAAUAUUGUUAUACAUUUUGUGACACAAACAUGUUAUUCAAAAUUCCAUCUGAAGAAAAUAUAAUAUGUCAAAAUAAAAGCCUGGCUUCAUCCAGUGUUCACAUUUGAGAUAUGGGAAUGUAUGCAAAUUAACACAUACGGUACAUAAUAAGAUAAUACUUAAUUUGUUACUUUCCAGGAAUACAUUUUUUGAAGGAAUAUGUGUGUUUUAUAUUGGCUAUAAACUGGUGACCGUUGGUAACCUUUCCUGAACUCUCGCGAUACUACGAUGCGGAAGACAGCCGAAUCUUUCGUACUAGUCAACUGGAGGCGCUUAUGUUGUGUAGCCACCAGCGUCAGUUUUGAACGACGGGAGGGGAGCGAAGUGUUUGUUUUCAUAGUAAACCGGUCAACGUUCGCCUCUACUUGUCCAUCUUCGAGUAAACCAUCGUUUUCGCCUGUCUGGUAGAGAUUAAGUGUGUUUUCAUGUUGUGCAGUUUACUGUGCCUGAGUAAAGACCUCCAACUGGCGGAUCGCAUCAGUUCGCCCGGAGGGUCGUCGUCAGCUCGGUAAACUGUGUGGAAAAUGACCGGAGAGAAGAUCCGCUCCCUGCGUAAGGACCACAGGCCGAGCAAGGACGAGGAUUUACUGGAACCGGACGAAGAGGCUGCAACCGGGACGUUCACCGCCUCCAAGACGAACAACAAGAGCAGAGCGAGUAAAAUCUUCAGCAAUCACAAGUUAGUCAAGUCUUCAUCCACACAGCAGCAGAACCUACAGUCGCAGGUUAACGCUAACACCAACACGCUGUCAACAUCCGAUGUCAUCGAUGACAACAACAAGAACCCCAUCAUCCGAACCGGGCAGGACUUCCCGGUGCAUGAGUGUGUGUUUAAAGGAGAUGUCCGACGCCUGUCUUCCCUCAUACGGACACAGAAUAUCGCCCAGAAAGACGUCCAUGGAAACACACCAUUGCAUCUUGCCGUCAUGAUGGGGCACAAAGAGUGUGCCCACCUGUUGCUGGCCCACAAUGCACCAGUGAAGGUGAAGAACGCUCAGGGAUGGAGUCCCCUUGCCGAGGCCAUCAGCUAUGGUGAUCGACAAAUGAUCACAGCGUUGCUGAGGAAGCUGAAGCAGCAAUCCAGGGAGACAGUAGAGGACAAGAGGCCCAAGCUGCUGAAAGCCCUGAAAGAACUUGGAGACUUUUACUUGGAGCUUCACUGGGACUUCCAAAGUUGGGUGCCUUUGCUCUCCAGAAUCCUGCCUUCAGAUGCCUGUAAGAUCUACAAGCAGGGCCUCAACAUCAGAUUGGACACUACCCUGAUAGACUUCACAGACAUGAAGUGUCAGCGUGGGGACCUCAGUUUCAUCUUCAACGGCAACGCCAUCCCCGCCGAGUCUUUUGUUGUGCUUGACAACGAACAGAAGGUUUACCAACGGAUACACCACGAGGAGUCGGAGAUGGAGACGGAGGAGGAAGUGGACAUCCUGAUGAGCAGCGAUGUUUACUCGGCCACUCUGUCCACCAAGUCCAUCACCUUCUCCAGGGCGCAGACCGGCUGGCUCUUCAGAGAGGACAAGACGGAGCGAGUGGGAAACUUUCUGGCAGAUUUCUACUCUGUGAACGGCCUGGUGCUCGAGUCCAGGAAGAGACGGGAGCAUCUGAGCGAGGAGGACAUCUUGAGGAACAAAGCCAUCAUGGAGAGCCUGAGCAAAGGAGGGAAUAUCAUAGAGCAGAACUUUGAGCCGGCCAGGAGGCAAUCUCUAACCGCCCCCUCACCCAACACGAUAUCCUGGGAGGAAUACAUCAGUGCUGACAACGGAAAAGCUCCACAUCUAGGAAGAGAGUUGGUCUGCAAAGAGAGCAAGAAAAACUUCAAAGCCACGAUAGCCAUGAGUCAAGAUUUCCCUCUGGGCAUCGAAUCGUUAUUGAAUGUUCUGGAGGUAAUUGCACCCUUCAAGCACUUUAAUAAACUCAGGGAGUUCGUUCAGAUGAAGCUCCCCCCCGGCUUUCCUGUCAAACUGGACAUCCCCGUGUUUCCCACCAUCACUGCCACCGUCACGUUUCAGGAGUUUCGCUACGAUGAGUUCGAUCAGACCAUUUUUACCAUUCCCAACGAGUAUAAAGAAGACCCCAGCCGCUUCCCCGACCUUUAACACCUCAAGCUGGAACAGGAGAAGAAACGUGCGACAAGGCAAAAUCAUGCUACAAAACAUACUUUUUUAAAUUACGAAACGGAGAUUAAUUCCAACGCCCAUCCCAUCCCUGAACAGCACAAACGGCACACAUCCAGGACAUCACAGUAGCCGCUGCAAAGAGGUCGACAUCGCCUCAUGAUAACAGUGUUUUAAAAGCUCAGUGUUGCAGUACUCUCACAUUCAGAUGGGGAUUAAACCAUCAAUAAGAGGGCAUUGAAGUUAAACUAGGCUUUCUGUAAGCGGGGUAUAAGUACAGUUCAGUUGAUGCUAUGUAUUUAAGUGUGUAAGUAAUGUUUAUAAAGGGAAUAUGUUUAACUGACCUGUAGUAAAGCACUGAUAUUACUGUGUGAGAUGUUGGGGAGGGAUUCUGCCAAAAAUGACUUUUACGGUCCUUUUUUUUCUGCGUCGAUAGACUUUUAUAAUUUUUUACAUUAGAUCUGAGGUCAUUGUCAUCAAUCUAUUCAUGAAUAUUUGUUAGACAGGUGUGUAGGAGAAUAAAACCACGAUUGUUUAGACUUAAUUAACAAUGUUAAACCAUGAAAGGUUUUGAAAGAUGCUCCAGACACUGAUGAAUUUGAAAUCCUUAUUAGAAAUUGUGUGGAAUACCAUCUGUUGGAGGUUAAAAACCUAAGAAUCUGUUUUAGCAGGAUUCCUUAAACUGUGUGCGAGUGUGUAACAUUGAUUUUAACGGGCAUGGAGUAGCAUCACUGAAACUUCGAGCACUAUCUAGAUCCACUACAUUCAGUCGAGUUCAAAAACUGUAUUAUGAAACUCAACACUCAAUCAUGCUUUUAAAAUAUUUUAAUUUCAUCGAGGAAACGCUGCAAUUUCUGUGGUACCACAACGUUUGUUUCAUUUGUUUGAGUGGCAGCAUGUGUAAGUAAUGAUGUCUAAGCCUUUUGUUUCAUACUAGACCUUUGUAAACUAUGUCACAAACUGUACAAUCAUUAAUUGGGACUGGGGAUUAUAUUGCAAGAAGAUAUUAGGAUUGUCUACAACAUUCAUGCCAUUUUUACACCUAACGAGAGCCAGGCUUUUCCCCUGCACAAUGUGUAAAUACAUGUUUUAUGAGCUUUCGUCUUUUACGUUCUCUUUUCUUAUUUGUUGUGCUGAUGAAUAUAAGAGGAAGACUUGUGGAUUUUUUUUUUAUAGUAGCGUCACAAGUUAAUCAAGAAUUUGUUUAUUUGUAAAAUGGUGGCGGUUGCGGUUUUGUACAUACUUGUAAUGUUUUAAAGGACCAGUGAAUCACUUAA